AUGAAACAUUCUCUUUUACUUCUUGGGCCUCUUUUGUUUCUGUUAACGCAUGCCGAUGAUAAUUAUGUUACUUGUGGUUCUGUGAUAAAGCUACUUAACCUGCAAGAGGGAGUUCGUUUACACUCACAUGACGUUAAAUAUGGAUCAGGAAGUGGACAGCAGUCAAUAACUGGUAUGCCGGAAGCCGACGAUGUUAACUCUCACUGGCAGGUUAUGGCUCCAAUGAAGAAACAGUGUUUUCGCGGCGAUUCGAUAAAUUGUGGUGACAAAAUACGCCUGAAACACUUGACAACGGGAUGUUAUUUGCACAGUCAUUUAUUUAAUGCUCCGUUGUCUAGAGGAAAUCAGGAGGUUUCAUGUUUCGGCAACGAGAAUGAGGGAGAUACAGGCGACCAUUGGCUUCUUUUGUGCGAUACUGGCGAAUGGUUACGUGGCGAGCCAGUACGUUUAAAGCAUGAUGACACAGGGAAAUAUCUUGCGACAAGUGGGCAACAAUACGGCAGACCAAUUAGCGGACAGAGAGAAGUAGUUGGAAUUUCCUCAGCUUCAAAAUCUGCUUUAUGGAAGACUGCAGAAGGGAUCUAUAUGAUUCGUUCCAAAGAUGACAUAUAG